UUCAGAUAUUGCAUCAGGAACGAGAACAAAUAGGAACACACGUGUUACAGAAAUCGGCUUAAUAUUUCAUAUUUGUCGUCAAAUUGAAGCGCUGAACAAUUCCCAUUUGAUUCCAUAAGAUAUUAAGCUCUACAAUUUCCUGCAGAUCAGUCUUAGAGCAGCGUAAGAAGAAGAAGCAGUCAUGCCGAUUUCGUGUCGAUUCUACGAGCAGCACUUCCCAGAGGUGGAAGAUGUGGUGAUGGUGAAGGUCCGUUCCAUUGCGGAGAUGGGGGCGUACGUCCACCUCCUAGAGUACAAUAAGAUUGAGGGUAUGAUCCUGCUCAGUGAGCUGUCGAGAAGGCGUAUCAGAUCCAUCAACAAACUCAUCAGAGUGGACAGGGAUGAGUGUGUCGUUGUCAUCAGGGUGGAUAAAGAUAAAGGUUACAUUGAUUUAUCCAAGAGGAGAGUGUCAGCUGAGGAGAUCAAAAAGUGUGAGGAGAAAUAUGCAAAGGCCAAAGCAGUAAAUAGUAUCCUUAGACACGUGGGGGAGAUCCUAGGCUACAGCAGCAACUCACAACUGGAAGAACUCUAUCAACAGACGGCGUGGCACUUCGACCAGAAAUACAAAUCUGUUGGCUACGGAGCAUAUGAAGCCUUCAAGACGUGUGUAAAUGAGCCAGAGCUGCUAGCUGAAUGCAAUCUAGAUGAGGAGACGCACAAAGUAUUGUUGGAGAAUAUUGAAAGGAAACUCACACCCCAAGCAGUCAAGAUCAGAGCAGACAUUGAGGUUGCAUGUUAUGGCUAUGAUGGUAUCGAUGCAGUAAAGGAUGCCCUCACGAAAGGCUUGGAUAUGUCAUCAGAAGAGAUGCCCAUCAAGAUCAACCUGAUUGCCCCGCCCCAGUACGUGGUGACCACCCAGACGUUAGAGAGAGUUGAAGGUGUGGAGAAGCUCAAGGAAGCCAUCGAAGCAAUCAAAGAGAGCAUUUUAAAGAGCGCUGGAGUCUUCAAGGUCAUGAUGGCGCCUAAGGUUGUCACCGACACAGAGGAACAAGAGCUUGCCAGACAUCUGGAGAACCUAGAGAAAGCAAACGCAGAGGUUGAUGGAGACGACGAUGGGGAAGAAAUUGGAAACGAGGAAGACUAAUUAGCGAUUAAAUCUAAUUAGCAAAUUACAAUUAAACCUCAUUUAUUUAUAACGUGAGCUUUAAUAGGUGAGAGCUAUAAAGUCAUUAAGUCCAUUAAAAAAUUAAUCUGAAUGAAGGGCCAGUUACUACUUGACGAUGAGGGUCGUGAUAUCAACUUUAAAAAUAAAAAUUGUUCCCUAAUUGCUUCCCUCUUGUUAAUUGGGAAAAUGAACUGAAAAUCAUUCUCUUCAAACCUCAAUUAUUUGUGCUAACGAGCGUCCCCCUAUCGUCUCAGUGGGAUCGCUUGGCGAGCACCGCGACAGACCUCUAUGAUAUUAUGUUUUAGACAAUAUUAUUCCUCCUUCCAUGUGACAUCAGUUCAGACGAGGUCAUGUGUGCAGUAUACUUUAUGCUUGUUUGAUUUGAUAGAGCCACAAUUAUUUCAUUGUUAGACUGCCCAGUGCCCACUUUUAUAAUUAUUGUUAUUAUUGAAUUAUAUGUUUCAUAUGUAUGCAUAUAGUUUAAUGUUAUUGUGAUCCUUCAUGUUUGAUCAAGCCCUUCUCGCUCUUGAGUUGUGAUAUACAUGUACCCGGUAUCUGAAUGUUUUAGAUAAUGCAUAAAUGUCAAGAGUACAUUCCUCAGAACUGACUUAAUGACCCUUCUGUAUAGAUAUUAGAAAAUAAAACAAAACAGAGAGUACAUGUACUUCCUAGUGAAUUAUUCUGGUUGAGGAUUUGUUUCAUUAAUACUGGCUCACUACUCUUUUGUUUCGAUUAGGGUUAUUUUUCAAUUUUAUUUACUCUUUGAGUGUAUUUCAGCUAGCCCUGUCCAAUUUCAAUGGCUGUUCUAAUGAGGAAUGUUGUCCAAGUUUGAUCCUAUUUGUCUUCUAAUUUUAUUUUAUUUUUUCUUAGAGAUUUCCUGUAAAAUUGCAUUCCAUAAUCGAAUGUAUUUUGGGAAAUUCUGUUAUUUUGCAUACUAGGUAAAAGUUAGACAUCGAGGUAUUUCAGUCCAAGUAGAAUGAAACUAUUUGAACUGAUAAGUCUUUAUAAAACAAUACAAAACAAAAACCAUUUAAUGUGAAAAAGAUUGUAUGUUGGUAAUGUCAAUUUCCAUCUGUAUGUAAUGUAUGCAAAUUCAAUUCAAACAUUUCAACCAGACUUUGAUUUAGACUCUUCAGUUUCAUAUUAAUUAGAAGUACAUGUACACAUGCCUGUGUAAUUAUGUAAAAAUGUGAAAGUACAACAAUGUAUUGUAACAAGAUUCAAAAUAAAGGAGACACUUGUACAGUGUCAACUUAUUUGUACAGACAA